AUGUCACGCAUUGAAAUUAAACAACUUAAAGGACUUUUAACUCAUAGAACAAUUGUAAACAACAGUUUCUUUUCAACUAGUGAUGAUCGUUCCGUGGCAUUAUUCUUUCUAAAUCAAGAGUCAAAACUUGAAGAUGAAUUUCAAAGCGUUUUAUUUGAAGUUGAAAUGGAUAUGCGAGAGAUGUCACGUCCAUAUGAAUGCAUUUCAGAUUUAAGCAUUAUGCCAGAUGAACGUGAAGUUUUAUUGAUGAUUGGAAUACAAUUUUUAGUACAGAAAAGUGAUUUAUUGUACGAUGAAAAUGAAAAGCACUAG